AUGAUUAUAUCCGAGCCUGUUCGGAUCGACUUGGCUCAGAGCCAGCUUGAGCCGCUCAAUUAUAAGCCGUUCCUAUCCCUAGUGUUGGAAAAUUGGGCAAGCAAUGUAACAUAUCAAAAAUUCUAUCAGAGGCGUAACAAGAAUAUUAGCAAAGAACAAGAUAACAGCAUCAAUCUUAAACCAAGCAAGAAUCUGAUACUCCAAAACGGUACUCGUAGUCAUG